CGCCCGCUCGUUCCAGCCAGAGAACUCUUAAAGGGCGUCGCUCCGCUGUUUUCUUUUCCUCGAAGUCUGACACGCCGCAUGUCGCUGCCCUGCAGAUGCCCUCCUGCUGCUGCUGCCGCGGCUCUGCGGCUCCUGGGCUGGCAGCGCGGCGCCGUCAGCCGGGCCAGCCUCCCGCGGCGAUGCUACUGUGUCCGCGCCGCCCAGCUCCGGGGGCUGCUCUUCCGACAGCUCUUUGAAUCUGAAAGCUUCACGUACACCUACUUGCUGGCAGAUAUGAAGACCAAGGAGGCGGUUCUGAUAGACCCAGUUCUGGAGACUGCCAAGCGAGAUUCAACGCUGGUGAAGCAACUAGGUCUUAAUUUGCUAUAUGCAGUCAACACCCACUGCCAUGCCGAUCACAUCACAGGCACUGGACUUCUGAAGAAGCUGCUGCCAGGCUGUCGGAGUGUCAUCUCCAAGGACAGUGGUGCCUCUGCUGAUAUCCUCAUCCAGGAAGGACAUGCCCUCAAAUUUGGCGCUUUUGCCCUGGAAGCUCGCGCCACCCCUGGGCACACAGAUGGCUGCCUGACUUAUGUGCUGAAUGACAAGGGCAUGGCUUUCACUGGUGAUGCCUUGCUGAUCCGGGGCUGUGGCCGGACAGACUUCCAGCAAGGCAACCCAGAGGCCCUAUAUCGGUCAGUCCAUGAGAAGAUCUUCACGCUCCCUGGCCACUGCCUAGUCUACCCUGCCCAUGACUAUACUGGCCAGACUGUGUCCACGGUGGAGGAGGAAAGGACUCUGAACCCUCGUCUCACCUUGUCCAGGGAGGCCUUUGUUGAACUGAUGAACAAUCUGAAUCUGCCCAAGCCCAAACAGAUCGAUUUUGCAGUUCCUGCUAAUCUCAAGUGUGGGGUCCAAGAUGUAGCUGCCUAGGUACGCCCUCUCUCCACACCAAGAUCGUACUUACAGAGUCUCUGAGGGGUCCCCUGCAGCAAUGUGAUUGCUCCAUGGUGUACAAACAACCCCUCUUACAACUCUCUGAAAGAAAGUGGCAGUCGGUUCCUUGGAAAGAUGCGGGAGUACUUGAUCACCGUAAACUCACUUCAGUUCCUGCCCUUCCUGCCCUGGUAGAUGUUAUGAAGAAGCAUCAACCUCUGACUCCCAACUCUGCACCCUCGUUGACCCUGUUUUCUUUAUCAGUUUGCACUGGCUGGACAUUUCCAGCCCAACCUGGAUCCCCCUGAUGCCCUUUCAAAUUUGCACUGUGUUGAGAUUUCUCUCGGGCCUUGAGACUCCUUCCCUGAAUCAGAAGGCAGAGGGAGCCCCUUGCACUGGGAAUGUUUUGAAACUCAGGGUAGGUGGGAGGGGGAUGAGUGGGCAUGAAAACUCUUGUUGCUGAUUAAAUAAAAUGCUGCUGUUAGCUGGC